AUGGAUAAAUUUUAUGUAAAACCGAAAAAAGGCCUUAAGGCCGUUCAAAGCACCAGUGCAACUGUCUCGACAACUUCACGAAAAUCCCCCAAUAUAAUACCCGCUACAACACAUAACAGGGCCUAUGGCGUUGGCAAAUUUUAUUCCAAAAUAAGACACACAAUCGAAGAUAACAUAACGCCAAAGAUAAGUGGAAAACUGUACAAGGCUGGAAAGCAUUCCAAGUCGAUGACCGCAUUGAGUUCUUUGGACUCAUCAAUCGGGAAAUACACAUUAACCAACAAGAAUUCCCAGCCAUUACAAAACAAAACCGACCGUGUCAAAGUCAUUAAAACGGAAUCAUUGUCUUCCUCAACAGCCACCCAAAAUGCGCCCAGCAUAUCCAGUUAUUUCGCCCAACGACCCUCAUCGUAUGUAGAUAGUGAUGAAGAUGAAACUCAAUUGAGCUUGAGUUUGGCCAAGACCUCACUGGAGGAUGAAAUAUUUGAGGAGUUGGAAAAAGUGGCUCACGAUGAGAGCAAGUUAAAUGCAGUGUUAAAGACCUUUGAUAAAAUCGUGUUUGACUACCACGAGCCCCCUCAGCAGUUCAGCGACAGCGCCCAAGAUGAAAAGAAUCCGGCUGAAGAAAUAUCGUCAAAUAUUAGUUUAACAGCUGUGAACGCUCCUAAACAAAGCUCAAAUAAUCCCGCUGUUGACCGAGUCUGCGAUAAAAAAUUUAUAAACGGAGAAUUGUCAGAAUCAACAGAUCAACAGCAACAGAACCUCUCUCCGGCGCUGACAGAUUGUCACCAUGAGACCAGCAUCAAGAAACUGCACAAAUCAGCAUCGUGUCUGUCACUUACACGUCGCAAAUGCUAUCAAUCUCCGGAUUCGCCUUGCCUACGACAAAUGAGGCACAUCUUUAUCCAGCAACAGAAACAAAAAUCGAAAUCGGUCUGGGAGUUAUCUAACUCAACAAAGAUUCCAAUACUCAAAAGAAUACCGUUGCAAAAAAGGAGCAAGAGUUUUUGCUAUUUGAAUACGAAAUUGCCUCAAGAGUCUGAAAAAAAAGCAGAGUGUGAAAGCGUCGUUGUCGCAAACUCCUGCAAGACAGUGGGCAAGAUUGUAACUGACAAAAAGACAACUGCAGUCAAGCGUAUGAACAGAGCUAACCAAUAUGUAAAUGUUAGACCAACAAUUAAAAGUACCGACUGCUCCAACGGGCCUUCUAAACCCAAAAUUAUGGACACGAAAAUAAGCAGUCGAACCCGCGAACAAAAUCCUGCAGGUCCUAGAAGAACGAAUUCAAAUUCAAGCUUGUCCAAGAAAAGGCACGUUUCCACCACAUUAGCACCGCACACUCCACCCAGACGCAGUAGAACCAGCGAUGAACUUCUAGAUAAGUGUUUGGAGAAGGGUCAACAGAUCUUGCGUAAAGUAGAAUCACUUAACACCAAACAGCAUUCCAGUAUCUCGGCUAUUGCCAGCAAUAACAAAUCGGUGGUGCGCAUUAAAUCGUCCAGUGGUGAUAGUGGUUCGAGUAAAAAUUCCACACUGAAACGCAAAAAACCCCAGCCGAAACUUAACUACGCCAAUGAGGAUAAAAUCUUACCGCCAUCGUUGGAAUCCUGUAAGAUCAUACCGCCGGACUUUGCGGAACACUCGAACAAGCAUUCCGAACUCCUAGUAAAUGUAGUCCAAGUCAACAACGCCACACGUUCGCUUCCACAACGCCAGGUCUCGACGGAUAGUGGUAUUGCCACCGUGAGCAACAUGCACUCUUUGGAUUUGGUUUCGUCGACAGUGUUACUAAAGACCACGGAGCAUGAAUCCUCCUUUUCCGAUUCUGAUGAUUCUGGCCAUAUUUCGAACGAGAAUAUGGAAAUUACCAACAAUCAUCAGCCAUCGAACUCUUCCUCCAUUACAAGCUUAAAUGAUGACCCCAUUGCAGGAGUCAACCCAGUCCGGGAAGGAGGAGACUCAAAACGGGAAUUGCUUAUUACUACAGCCAAUCGACGUGUAUGUACCACUUGUCGCAUUGCCCAAGUCGAAUCGGUUAAAGUUAUCCGGACUCAUGUUGAAAUAUUUCCUAACUUUACCAAAGAGGUAACUAUCCGGCUGCAAUAG